GUUUUUUUCGUUCCUUUUUCAAAUUUCUUACUGCUAUUAUCGGCUAACCCACUACAGGCCUUUUCAAUCAUUUCUGCGUUCUGAUUUUCUUGAAAAAUCAACAAGACAAAUUUUGGAUUUUUCCAUAUUAAAGUUGGUUAUUGCAGACUCAAAAAUAUCAUGUCUUACGUUGGACGCCGUGGUCCUUUAGUAGCUUCUGCUAUUGGAAGAUGGGCAUAUAACUUGUCUGGAUUUAAUCAAUACGGUUUACAUCGUGACGAUCUCUUGUAUGAAGAUGCAAACGUCAAAGAAGCAAUUCGUCGACUUCCACAACAUCUCUACGAUGAAAGAACUUUCCGUAUUAUACGUGCACUGGAUCUUUCGAUGACAAAGACUAUUUUACCUAAAGAUCAGUGGACGAAGUAUGAAGAAGAUUAUAAAUAUUUGGAACCUUACUUGAAGGAAGUCGAGAAGGAGCAAGAAGAGAAAAUGAAAUGGAACACAACAAAAUAAAUUAAACUUAAAGUGUAAAGCUUAAAUGCAAUGGUUAGAUGAAUAAAUUAAUAAAUCAGAAUACUGUGUCACUACAUCAAAAA